AUAAUCACGUUAGAAGCUUGCCUUGUCAUAUUGUGCUUGUCUUUGAUUUGUUGAAGAUAAAAGGAAAUGUUUGUGAGCAUCAUCGAUGAAAGUGAAACAAUCACACAUUCACAAUAUAAAAACACCCCAUAAUGCAUCUAAUUCUGCAGUCUCUUCUGAUCCUUAAUCUUUGGCCAUUCACACAAGUAUAUUAGGCCAAGUGAGAAGUAAGAAAGAUCCAUUGCAAACUUGAAAGGGGUUUUACUUUUCUUGACUUUGUGACAUCUUUCCUUGGCAUGUGUUUCAUCAUAAGGAGCUUAAAUAUCUCACAAAGACAACCACUUCUCAACACCAAACUCAUCUUGAUUUUCAUCCAAGUUUUACACUCUCUCUCAUUAGAGACAUCCUAAAACGGAGGCAGAAGCUUUGGGAACAGAAACCUUCUUGAGAGAGCACACAACAUGGCCUUGGACUAAGCAAAUUUGCACACACUAUAUGAUAGCCAUGAUGGGUAUUAUAAUAGUAUCUUAUAUUGUAAUUGUCACUUACUAGGUUGAAGCUUCUUAGAGAUAUUGGAACAAGUGUUGACAUCUUGAGAAGCCUCUCUCUAUAUAUUUGCAUUUGGUUCUUGGACAAGAAAUUCAGAGAGAGAGAGAACAUGGAGGAGAGGAAUGAGAUGGAAAAGAUUGAGGAUGUGAUGCCAGGCUUUCGUUUUCACCCAACUGAUGAAGAGCUUGUUGAUUUUUAUCUCAAGAGAAAAAUUCAGCAGAAGUCUCUUCCUAUUGAACUGAUCAAGCAAGUGGAUAUUUACAAAUAUGAUCCAUGGGACCUUCCAAAGCUGGCAGGUACUGGGGAAAAAGAGUGGUAUUUCUACUGUCCAAGGGACAGAAAGUACAGGAACAGUGCACGUCCAAAUAGAGUGACAAGAGCAGGGUUUUGGAAGGCCACUGGAACUGACAGGCCUAUAUAUUCCUCUGAAGGAAAGUGCAUUGGUCUGAAGAAGUCUCUUGUGUUUUACAGAGGCAGAGCUGCCAAAGGAAUGAAAACUGACUGGAUGAUGCAUGAGUUUAGGCUUCCUUGCAUCUCAGACUCAGCCCCUCCCAAAAACCUUUCUGACAAAAGCCUCCCUCCAAGUGACUCAUGGGCAAUCUGUAGGAUAUUCAAGAAAACCAACUCCCUCUCCAUGGCACAGAAAGCCUUAUCUCACCCUUGGAUCUCUCAGUUACCUGGAAGCAUGGUACCUGACAUGUUCUCACAUGGUGCAAACUUUCCCCAGCUAGGAUCACCAGCCAUUCAAUUUUGUGGUGACAAGCAAGAGUUACACCAAGUCUCCAAUGGCACCAACACCAACUUCUCAGCCUCAGACAUUAGUCCCACUUACAAACCCAUCAACAGCACAGUUUCCAAGCCAUCACAAGUUCCUGUUCCAGAUGGAGACCUUUCUGACAACUUCAUAUUCUGCACAGGACCCACCAAGUCCACACUUGAUAAUGCUACUUCUUCCAUGCUUUCUCCCAACAACCCUGACUACAUAGCAUUUGAAGAGCCAAACCAACACUAUAGUGGCUUCUCAAUCAGUCUACUACCCCAAGAUAUGCAACAAAACUUGAGCACAGAAACUAAAGAACAAGAGUGGGAAACUGUUGUAAGAAACACUGGAUUUCCCUUCAGUUUGCCUCCAUAUGAUGCUUGGAAGGCUUCUUCUGUGCCAUGGGAUUCACCUCCUUGCCCCAGUGACAUGUCCACUACCUUUUCCACUAAUAAAUGCUACACAUAGUGAGACAAAAUAGUUACAUUUAUUACAAAAAUUAGUAUAUUUACCAACAAAAUCAAUACCAUUAGGUACUGAUUUUACUUGUAAAUGUACAAGUAUUAUAUUAUCAUUGUUUCCCUGUUUCCCUGUUCA